GGUUGUUAAGACAAUCGAUAAAUAAAAAAAAGAAAUGUAAGAAAAAUUGGGAAUUGCAAGAAAGAAGCAGACAUCCCUCUGUUUUAAUUUUUUGUGUUUAUAGAAUUUCGAUAAAUAUUCUGUCCAAAAUAAUCGGCUCGAUUUUCCAUGUUCUUCAAAAAAAUUUCUUAAAUUUUUAUUCUAAAAAGUUGAUUAAAGAUUCUUGCCGCGUUUGAAGGUUUAUUCUUUUGGCAACGAUAGGCGGUGGGCUGGCGGCGCUACGGCGGAGGUUUCCUUCGUAGAUAGAUGAGGUUCUGUGAUGAUUAUACUUGCGAAAGUUAGAAGUUUAUAUUAACGAGGUUUUGUAGAUAUUAUGAUAUAUUAGUCUUCUUGACUAAAUCAGAUGGACAAUAAUAAACCAGCUAAAGAUAGAGAGACCAUUGUUGACAUCGGGACUAGUGAAAGUGAAUGUGAAGAAGAUAGAAGAAUAGGUAAUAAAAGAGCAAAAACCGUGGUUCGAUCUGUAGGUGGAAUUUUUAGUUUUGAAGGAUCAGAGGAUGGUGAAUGUAGCAGUAAUUCUUAUAGGACUUCAGUAAAAUCAAGUGAUGAUGACUAUGAGGAUAUUGAAUCAUUGACACAUUAUAAACUUGGAAAAAACGGUGAACAAACACCUCUUUUAGAAAAGAUACAGUUGAAAGAAAAACGCAAAAUUCCAAACUCUAAAAAGGCUCCAAAGCCACCCCGGCCACGUAAGGGCCCGUCACUGGACACAGCUGACUUGCAAUUAGUUAAGGAGAUCGCUGAGCAGACAAUGAAAAGGCGAGCUAGGGUAGAAAGAUUGAAGUCUUUGAAGAGAAAGAGAGCAGCUAAAUCUUCACCGCCACCAGCAUCAUCCAACAUCAGCCUCUUUGCUAUGGCCAUUACAAUUCUCUUUUUCAUUGUCAUAAUUUUCCAAGGUUUUAGUUCUGGUCAAAGUUCAAAUUUGAGUUUCGAUGAUUCUCCAAAGUCAUCAGGAGCGCCGUCUAGUAGCCUGAUCUCCAUCCAGCUUGGAAAUAACCCCCUUGAAAGCAAUGGUGCUCAUCAGAUUGCGAACCCUCCCAGGAAACUUGUGCAAAGAAGGAUAUAUCACACGGGUUCAAGUUUUGUGGAACAAAACUCUGACUCCAGAUCGUCACUUGAAUGAGCAGAUUAAGUUUUUUUUUCCCGGCGUUCAGGCAUAAUCGUUGUACACUCUGAGUUGCUAGUUUCUUCUGUACAUAGUAAUUUUAGACUCGAUCUAAUCUGUAGAAUGCUAUCUACUUUGAUGAUUAAAAGUUAAAACAUUUAACAUUUUUCUCAGAUUAAA